ACAACUGGGAAUGGUAAAAGAGCCUCCAGUAUCCCAGCAUAGAGGAGUGUCAUUGUGCUUGUGGACGGCAACCAAAUAAGACGCAACUGAAUUCUAGAGGCAGCGUGAAACACUGAUCAUAUCGCGGGUAUUUCAGAGGAUCAGGAUUAUCAUUUUUCACACAUUCCUCAGUCACUCUAAGAUAUUGGCAUUUAAGAAAGGAAGCAUUAAAGGAGAACGAGCACCUUGAAGAGCUUCCUCCCAGACAGUCAUCGUGGUGAACACUAAGGGCCAUUCCUAUGGUGGCCAGCCAAUGCCUGGCCAUGGGCAACGGUUCCAUAAAAGCCCCACGUGCUGAGGAGAACAGCUGCCUGGCCUCCAUCCACACAGACCCUCCUGUCCUGGACACAGACGUCCUCAGGUUGCGGAUUACCCACCUAGAGAAAGAGCUGGCAUGUCGGGAUCAAGAGUUUCGAGCCCAGGAGCUUCAGUUACAGCAUCUCCAGAGUGAACUGGAGGCCAAGAUCUCCCAGAUCGAUAAGCUCCAGGAUGCUAUUGGUUACAACAACAGUCUGGGCCUCUCUCCGCAGGCCCUGUGCCACCACAGCCACCGCCGCUUUAGUGUCAUAAACCAGGGUCCCAGCCGCUUCCACAGGGUGGCUGUGGAGGUCCACCGCAGGCUUAGAGCAAAAGAGGGCGUCUCUGCUGAACCCACCUCAGAGAACUUCUGUGGUGGGUUCAGAUCAGCACACAUGACUAUUGCAAAGUCCGUCCGCAAAGACUCACACACCAAGAAGCUCAUUAAUGAUGCUAUCAUGAACAAUGACUUUCUGAAGAAGCUGGAGCCCCAGCACAUGAGGGAGAUGGUGGACUGUAUGUAUGAGAAGGUUUACAUCAAGGGACAGCUGGUCAUCCAGGAGGGGGAACCUGGAAACUACCUCUAUGUACUGGCAGACGGCUUGCUGGAGGUGAUCCAGAAUGGGAAGCUGCUGGGGGAGAUGCGUCCUGGCACUGCGUUUGGAGAACUGGCCAUAUUGUACAACUGUAAGAGAACAGCCACCAUCAAAGCUGUGUCCCAGUCUCAUAUCUGGGCUCUGGACCGCCAGACCUUCCAGACCAUCAUGAUGCAGACCACACAGGCCAGACAUGAGGAGUACUUCAGCUUUCUGUGCAGUGUGUCUCUGCUCCGAGGACUGCCUGAGGAGAAACUAGCCAAGGUUGUUGAUUGUCUUGAAGUGGACUAUUUUGAAAAAGGCGAGUAUAUUAUUCGAGAGGGUGAAGAAGGGAAUACUUUCUUUAUUAUCGCAAAAGGAGAGGUCAUAGUCACUCAAAGCACAGAGGGGUUGGUUGAACCGCAGGAAAUCAAGACAUUGGGAGUUGGAGACUACUUUGGAGAAAAAGCUCUCAUCAGUGAGGAUGUUCGCUCAGCCAACAUCAUCUGCAAUGAGAACGACACACACUGCCUGGUGGUGGACAGAGACAAUUUCAACCAAAUGGUGGGAACUUAUGAGGAACUUCAGGCUUACCUGAAGGAAUAUGUGGAUGAGCUUUCCAGGACUGAUGAGAGGAGAAAUGCCCUGCCACACUCGCCUCAAAUUGACUCUGCAGAGGGCCAGGAACUGAGGAGGCUGAGAGAGAAGAUUUAUCUCCUUCCGUUCCAGGAGCUGGAGGUCAUAGCUACACUGGGCAUGGGAGGAUUUGGACGAGUGGAGCUAGUAAAGCUAAAGGAUGAGGACUCCACCUUUGCUCUGAAGUGCAUUAAGAAGAAGCACAUUGUGGACACCAGACAGCAGGAGCACAUCUACUCUGAGAAAAACAUCCUUCAGCAAACAAACUCAGUGUUUAUCAUCAGGUUAUUCCGAACAUUUCGGGAUGAUAAGUUUGUCUACAUGCUGCUGGAGGCUUGUCUUGGUGGAGAGCUGUGGACUGUGCUGCGGGACAUGAGUUAUUUUGAUGAGCCCACAGCCAGGUUCUGUACUGGUUGUGUCUUAGAGGCCUUUGAUUACCUCCACACUAUGGGAAUCAUCUACAGAGACCUAAAACCUGAAAACCUCCUGCUGGAUGCUGAGGGUUAUGUCAAAAUGGCAGAUUUUGGCUUUGCUAAAAAGAUUGGCCUUGGAAAGAAGACCUGGACAUUCUGUGGGACUCCAGAGUAUGUGGCCCCAGAAGUCAUUAUGAAUAAAGGCCAUGACUUCGGAGCUGAUUGCUGGUCCUUGGGAAUUCUCAUAUUCGAACUUCUCACUGGCAACCCACCCUUUGCUGGCACAGACCCCAUAAAGAUUUACACCAUGGUCCUCCACGGCAUUGAAAAGGUGGACUUCCCUAAGAGAAUAGGGAAGCGACCAGACGACCUCAUCCGGAGACUCUGCAAGCUAAACCCAGUCGAGAGGCUUGGAAACAAAAAGAAUGGCAUCAUUGACAUCAAGAAACACAAGUGGUUCCAGGGCUUCAACUGGGAGGGUUUGAGGCGUCACAAGCUGCUGUCUCCGUUGAGGAGAGAGCUGAAGGGGCCGAUGGAUCACAGUCAUUUUGACAUGUUUCCUCCUGACACAGAGGAACCUCCUGAUGAGCUGUCUGGUUGGGAUAAGGACUUCUGAUCAUAUCCAAUUGAAGCACCAGCAGUGGAUCUGACACACGAUAACCCCACAAGAUUAUUUUUGGAUUUUAACUCUCACAGCAGUUUACUUUAAAUGGAGCACAUGACCAUGGCAACUGAGACAGAACGGGUGACCUGUUGUGAGAAAAGGAAUGUUUGUCCUUUUUUGCAAAACCUUUACCGUAAAAACAGAUAAGCAUAAUUACAUUCAAAUGAAUUAGAUAAAGAUUAAGUGUCAAAAAAUUUGCAGCAUGGUCCCCUUCUGGGUAUAAAAGUGUACUGUAUUUACAGCUGCAUGUGAAGUGCACUGUAUUCCUGCAAACCUAAACUUAACAGACUGUAACAACGUGCUUCUCAUAUCCUAAACAAGGAAGUACUUCCUUUUAUUUUCGCGUUAUUUUACAAAUCAAUACAUUUCAGAUAUAAAUGCCAUGAAAAGGCUAUGCUAGGACCAAAUAUGUCCAUUUGAUGUGAUGUCUGGUAGCCAAGUAAAGUAACCAAUCUGGUUUAUAUGCCAACAGAGAAUCGGGCCCACUGCUGGUGCCGUCACAAAUCAGUUAGUGGCCUAACACGAGUCAAGAACAGAGAAUUCUGUCAUAUGUUUUUCGUUUUGCUCCGCUGUGCGCAUUGCGAUCCUUUAUUUUUCUGUUAUAUUGUUUCAUCUUCAUGAAUUGUUGUCUCUGAAUCACCUUCUUUCCCCAAAUACUAAAGAGGGCCUGGAUAAGUUGGAUUGUUUAACAAGCAUUCCCCACUGCUUUUUCUUUUUUUAAGUAUUGAUUGCACUGUUCAAUACAUAUGCAGUAAUAAAAUGGUGGUUUCUGUUA